GCAGAGAUGUAUCUGCUUCCAGCUCUGGCAGGGGUCCUGGCCACACUCAUCCUUGUCCAGCCCUGUGAGGGCACUGACCCAGCCUCCCCUGGGGCAGUGGAGACCUCCGUCCUGCGAGACUGCAUAGCAGAGGCCAAGUUGCUGGUGGACGCUGCCUACAAUUGGACCCAGAAGAGCAUCAAGCAGCGGCUUCGCAGCGGUUCAGCCAGCCCCAUGGACCUCCUGUCCUACUUCAAACAACCGGUAGCGGCCACCAGGACAGUUGUUAGGGCCGCAGAUUAUAUGCACGUGGCCUUGGGGCUGCUUGAAGAGAAGUUACAACCCCAGCGGUCCGGACCCUUCAAUGUCACUGAUGUGCUAACAGAACCACAGCUGCUGCUGCUGUCCCAGGCCAGCGGCUGUGCUCUCCGGGACCAGGCCGAGCGCUGCAGUAAUAAGUACCGCACCAUCACUGGACGAUGCAACAACAAGAGGAGACCCUUGCUAGGGGCCUCCAACCAGGCUCUGGCUCGCUGGCUGCCUGCCGAGUAUGAGGAUGGGCUAUCGCUCCCCUUCGGCUGGACCCCCGGCAGGAGGCGCAAUGGCUUCCUCCUCCCUCUUGUCCGGGCUGUCUCCAACCAGAUUGUGCGGUUCCCUAGCGACAGACUGACCUCCGACCGUGGCCGGGCCCUCAUGUUCAUGCAGUGGGGCCAGUUCAUUGACCAUGACCUGGACUUCUCCCCGGAGUCCCCAGCCAGAGUGGCCUUCACUGCAGGCGUCGACUGUGAGAGGACCUGCGACCAGCUGCCCCCCUGCUUUCCCAUCAAGAUCCCACCCAAUGACCCCCGCAUCAAGAACCAGCGUGACUGCAUCCCCUUCUUCCGCUCGGCACCCUCAUGCCCCCAAAACAAGAACAGAGUCCGCAACCAGAUCAACGCGCUCACCUCCUUUGUGGAUGCCAGCAUGGUGUAUGGCAGCGAGGUCUCCCUCUCGCUGCGGCUCCGCAACCGGACCAACUACCUGGGGCUGCUGGCCAUCAACCAGCGCUUCCAAGACAAUGGCCGGGCCCUGCUGCCCUUCGACAACCUGCACGAUGACCCCUGUCUCCUCACCAACCGCUCGGCGCGCAUCCCCUGCUUCCUGGCAGGUGACACCCGAUCAACGGAAACCCCCAAACUGGCAGCCAUGCACACCCUCUUUAUGCGAGAGCACAACCGGCUGGCCACCGAGCUGAGACACCUGAAUCCCCGCUGGAAUGGAGACAAACUGUACAAUGAGGCUCGGAAGAUCAUGGGGGCCAUGGUCCAGAUCAUCACCUACCGAGACUUUCUGCCCCUGGUUCUGGGCGAGGCCCGGGCCAGGAGAACCUUGGGGCCCUACAGGGGGUACUGCUCCAAUGUGGACCCACGGGUGGCCAAUGUCUUCACCCUGGCCUUCCGCUUUGGCCACACAAUGCUCCAGCCCUUCAUGUUCCGCUUGGACAGUCAGUACCAGGCCUCCGCACCCAACUCGCACGUCCCACUUAGCUCUGCCUUCUUUGCCAGCUGGCGGAUCGUGUAUGAAGGGGGCAUCGACCCCAUCCUCCGGGGCCUCAUGGCCACCCCUGCCAAGCUGAACCGUCAGGAUGCCAUGUUAGUGGAUGAGCUCCGGGACCGACUGUUUCGGCAAGUGAGGAGGAUUGGGCUGGACCUGGCAGCUCUCAACAUGCAACGAAGCCGGGACCACGGCCUUCCAGGGUACAAUGCUUGGAGGCGCUUCUGUGGGCUCUCCCAGCCCCGGAAUUUGGCACAGCUUAGCCGGGUGCUGAAAAACCAGGACUUGGCAAGGAAGUUCCUGAAUCUGUAUGGAACACCUGAUAACAUUGACAUCUGGAUUGGGGCCAUCGCUGAGCCUCUUUUGCCGGGGGCUCGAGUGGGGCCUCUUCUGGCUUGUCUGUUCGAGAACCAGUUCAGAAGAGCCCGAGACGGAGACAGGUUCUGGUGGCAGAAACGAGGUGUUUUCACCAAAAGACAGCGCAAGGCCCUGAGGAGAAUUUCCUUGUCUCGAAUUAUAUGUGACAAUACUGGUAUCACCAUGGUUUCAAGGGACAUCUUCAGAGCCAACAUCUACCCCCGGGGCUUUGUGAGCUGCAGCCGUAUCCCCAGGUUGAAUCUGUCAGCCUGGCGAGGGACAUGAGGCUUCUGCAGGUAAGGGGAGGCCACCUCCAGCACCCUGGGCUGGGUUAAGCCCACACAUCCUUCCCUGGAUGGAUGGCUGGGUCCUCUUAGGUCUCUAAGCAGAGAAACAGAACUUGUCACUAGGUACUCUUUCUAAAGUGGCUUCCCAAUGUGCUAGCUUCUGGGCUGACAGUCAAUUCCAGGCCCUAGGACUUUGGGGGGAAAUUAGGAGCAUCCAACUAUCCUCAGCUUGGUCACUAAUACCUGAAAACAGCUCCAUUUCUAAACGUCCGGUAAAUUCCUCACUUAUCCAGUUCUGUUACUUCCACAGGAGUCUAUCCCAAGCCUCCAACUUUUGGAGACAAGGGGAAGGGGAGGACCAUGAGGCUGCCUUGUCUCCCUGGAGCAACUGCAGGCUGCUGAUGCUUCUGCUGGCUAUAGCUCAGAGCUGGGUUCCCCAGCCGGGAGUGAGAGCUGGGGGCUCCUAUCAGCAAUGGACCUUCCCGCCUUGGGAGCCACUUAGGUAUUAGGCUAUGAAUCAGCGCCACGUGCAAAGGCUUGGGAGCCAAGCCAUGUGGUCUUGCACCCCAGGCAAGAAAAGUCAGCUGGAGGGUUUACAGCACUUUAUACUGUUUCCCAGCCCUCCUUCCCCUCCUUGACCAUGACUAAGAGACCACUCAGUCCUAGCCUCCAGACACCCCACAAUACUCCUCUGAGCCUGGGGCUGGGCAGCAUGCUCUGCUUCUACCAAUAAAGCACUGAUAAAGGCA